GAGGAGGAGAGGAAGGAGGAAUGGCUGCUGCCGGAGAAGAAUAUGGUUCCACUCCAAGGCAGUGUGUCCUGGAAAUACCUUUGUGUAGAACAGCAGCUGACAAGAGACUAUGAACAUCAGGGUUGGUAGUUGGAAACACUGUCAAGCCUGCUGAGCCCCCCUAAAGUUUGGAGACAUCUUCGUCAGCAUCCUGCAUAUCCAGAGAACACUGGGAAACUCUUAAAGUUCUUUGUGAGGCAAAACCAAAGUCUUUUCCCAGGUAGAUAAGAUGCCAGCAAAGGACGGUGCGUCAUCAUAUCUGGGUGUCCCGGCUUGGACAGCUCUGGACCAGUGGAUGUAUUCCAGUAUACAGAUGUCAACAGGGAACGUUGUUUGCUCAAUUGAAGAUGGCAGCAGUCUGGAUACCGGAAACAGAAGGGACCACAGGAAGUUAAACGCUGCCGCCCUCCAAAGUGUCGUCGUCGAAGCAGAGGCGCAACGCCGUCACUUCAGGGCUUUCUGCUUCCAUGAGGCCCAGGGGCCGCAGAGUGCCUAUAUCCAGCUCCGGGAACGUUGCCACACGUGGCUGAAGCCGGAGAGGUGCACGAAGGAGGAGAUCGUGGACUUGCUGAUCUUGGAACACUUUUUGGCCAUCCUUCCUGGGGAAAUGCAGAGCUGGGUCAGGGAAUGCGAACCGGAUUCCUGCGCCCAGGCGGUGGCAGCCGCUGAGGACUUUGCACAGAUUCUCGAACAGCAGGGCCUGGUGACUUUUGAGGAGGUGGCCGUGCGCUUCACCCCGGAGGAAUGGGCUCUCCUCGAUCUGGAUCAAAGAGCCCUACAUUGGGAAGUCAUGCAGGAGAAUUACGCGAACAUCACGUUUUUGGCAGCUUAUGGGCACCCGAGUGAAUUUGAAGAGAAAAAGGAUCGCCGGAAACGUCGCAAUCCAGCAGGAACGGACGGGAUGCCCCGAAGAAGGAUGACAGAGUAUAUUUCCAGGCUUCAGGGAGAGAGAAAAGCACCUAAGAGUCAGCGUAGCCCAAAGAGGUUGCAAAAUGCCCAGCCGAGAGGUGGCCCCAGGCAGCAAAGAAACCCCGCAAGGAAAAGAAUGGGUAAAUCUGUACCCAUUGCGGCAAACGCAACCCUUAGUGAGAAACUACCUGGGCAUGAAGAAGGGACAUGCAUUACCCCUGAGGAAGGUUGCAGAGAGAAAUCAGACCUUCCCAAACCCAGGAGAGUCUACAACCAGGAGACACCAUUUCAGUGCGGCGACUGUGGGAAAUGCCUCAGCCGCAAGAACCACCUCAUGAGGCACCAGCGGCUCCACAAGGAAGAGAAGCCGCACAAGUGCGCUUACUGUGGGAAAGCCUUCAGCCAGAGUUCGCGCCUGAUUGCGCAUGGGAGGACCCACACCGGGGAGAAGCCGUACGAGUGCCCGCAGUGCGGGAAGCGGUUCCGUACCUGCACGGGCCUCGUCCAUCACCGCAGGGUCCAUGUGGGGGAGAAGGUGUACAAUUGCUCGCACUGUGGGAAAAGCUUCCGUCAGAACUCACGCCUGAUCAUGCACGAGAGGAGCCAUGUCUGCGGGAAGAGCUUCAGCAGCAACUCCGAGAUCGUCCCGCACGAGAGGACUCACACGGGAGAGAAGCCCUACAAGUGCUCGUUCUGCGGGAAAAACUUCAUCCAGAAUUCCCACCGCAUCGCGCAUGAGCGGUCCCACACGGGGGACAACCCGUACAAGUGCCUCAUCUGCGGGAAACGCUUCAGUUGCAAUUCACACCUGAUCGUCCAUGAGAGAAUCCACACCGGGGAGAAGCCGUACGAGUGCCCGCAGUGUGGGAAGCGGUUCCGUACCUGCACGGGCCUCAUCCAUCACCGCAGGGUCCACGCCGGGGAGAAGGUCUACAAUUGCUCCCACUGCGGGAAAAGCUUCCAUCAGAACUCGCGCCUGAUCAUGCACGAGAGGAGCCAUGUCGAAGUGAGGCCAUACAACUGCUCCGUCUGCGGGAAGAGCUUCAGCAGCAACUCCGAGAUGGUCCGGCACGAGAGGACUCACACGGGAGAGAAGCCCUACAAGUGCUCCUUCUGCGGGAAAAACUUCACCCAGAGUUCCCACCGCAUUGCGCACGAGCGGUCCCACACGGGGGACAACCCGUACAAGUGCCCCGUCUGCGGGAAACGCUUCAGUUGCAAUUCGCACCUGAUCGUCCACGAGAGAAUCCACACCGGGGAGAAGCCGUUCAAAUGCUCCGCCUGCGGGAAGAGCUUUGGGUCUCGCUCGCACCUGAUCGUCCACGAGAGAAUCCACACCGGGGAGAAGCCCUACAAGUGCUCGACUUGUGGGAAGGGCUUCACUUGCAAGUCGUACCUCAUUCUCCAUGAAAAGAUCCACACUGGAGAGAAACCGCACAAGUGCUCUGUCUGCGGGAAGAGCUUUGGCCGAAACGCAGACCUUGUCAUACAUAAGAGAACCCACACGGGGGAGAAACCUUACCAGUGCUCUGCCUGUGGGAAGGGCUUCAGUCGCCACAACCACCUGACUGCGCAUGAAAAGACCCACAUGGAGCAGCUUACGGGCACCCGAGUGAGUUUGAAGAGAAAAAGGAUCGCCGGAAAUGUCGCAACCCAGCAGGACCCGACAGGAUGUCCCGAAAAAGGAUGACAGAGUAUAUUUCCAGGCUUCAGGGAGAGAGAAAAGCACUUAAGAGUCAGCGUGGUCCAAAGAAGUUGCAA